CCACUCCAUUCCAGUUGGUGGCGGUAAUUAGCCAAGAAGUGCUGCUACCUGCUACAGUAGAGUUCUAAGAAGAAGAAGGAGGACGAGGAGGCCUACAGAUUACCCAAAGAAGAAGAGAAGAAGGUUCCUGGAGAAGACAAGCUAGUGGAUAACCGUGGAUAACAUACAUUCAAUGAACAAUAUUUGAACAUUUUUCCUUCAUAGUUGGACAAAGACUCUGGAGAUGAAGGCUGUUCAACUUUACCUGCGACUCCUGAGUAUGGGGUAUCAAGUCAGCCACAUUCAGACCAUGAAACUGACACUGAGGACCAACCACCAGAAGUACCUAUAAGCCCUGAGGUUUCCCAUGAGGAAAGUGAUGUUGCAGCCUCUUGUGCACCACGUGGACCUCAUGAUAUUUCACAAUCAAGAGCAGCAGGUCCCACUCAACCUCAGCUGAAGAUUUUUCCUAAAACGGUCUUUGGUGAGAGGAAGAGAUCAUUCAAUUCUUCAUGGUAUGAUCAGCAUUCAUGGCUUGAAUACUCUGCAAGCCAAGAUUCAGCCUACUGUUAUGCCUGCAGACACUUCUCCCUGCCUAGUGCAUCAGAAUCAGUUUUUACAUCAGAGUCUGGAUUUUCACAUUGGAAAAAGGCUAUGUUCAAAGAUGGUGGUUUCAAGUUGCAUGAGAAAUCUGAGUCACACAUUACUGCCAUGUUGGCUUGGAGUCAACAAAAGAGAGCUGUACUAACAGAUUCAUCCAUAAUGGAUAUGAUGAACCAAGAAUACAGAAAAAAAGUGGAAGAGAAUUGUAGUUACAUUAAAACAAUUGCAGAUGUACUGCUUUUGACAGCAACACAGAAUAUGGCACAGAGAGGUCACAGUGAAUCUGAGUCUGACAACAGAGGGAAUUUUUUAGAAAUUCUUGAAGUCAUUGCAAAACACAAUCCUGUAGUAGCCAGAAAAAUGAAAGGACCUGGUAAUGCUAAAUAUACUAGCAAUACGAUCCAGAAUGAAAUCUUGCAGUGUUUAGCAGACAUGGUGCGUGAUACCAUUGUGAAGGAAGUGAAGAAGAGUGAGGUAUUUUCAGUGAUUGCUGAUGAAAGCAAAGAUCUGCAAAAGAAGGAGCAGCUGUCAUUAGUUGUAAGAUACUACUACAAUAGUGCAGUGCAUGAAAGCUUUCUUUGUUUUCAACAUGCCGAACAACUGGAUGCUAAGAGCCUGAGUGAAAUGAUCAUUGGAUGUUUGGAGAGCUAUGGCCUUGAAUACAAGUCAAAUCUCAUUGGGCAAGGCUAUGAUGGAGCCACAGUUAUGAGUGGCAAACACUCUGGUGUUGCUGCAAGGAUAAAAGAAAAGGCAAACAAUGCUUUUUAUGUCCAUUGCAAUGCACACUGUCUAAACCUGGUUUUGGUUGACACUGUAAAAUCAGUUCCAGAGGCUGAUUCCUUUUUCUCCCUUCUUGAGAGGCUUUAUGUGUUCAUGUCAGGAUCCUAUGUGCACCAGAGAUGGCUGGAUGUUCAGAAGGAAAUGUAUGGUGGCCAGCCCAGGGAGUUGGUAAAACUCAGUGACACAAGAUGGGCAUGUAGAGCUUUGGCUUGUAGGAACUUAAUGGAUAGGUUACCUGCUGUGUUACGUGUUCUUCAGGACAUAAGCACAGAAAAUCAUAGAGACAGAUCUAUUGAUGCUCGAGGUUUGCUUGCAGAUUGAUCUAACCUUUAUUAGCCUUCUUGCUACCUUCCGAAAGUUGUUCGGAAACACAAAGCUGCUUUCUGACUUAUUGCAGUCACCUUCUGUUGAUUUAGCUAUGGCAGUAGACAUGGUUAAGGCCCUUUGUGAUUCAUUUCAGGUGUACAGGACUGACACAUACUGUGAUCAACUAUGGCAUGACAUAAUGGAGACUGCCAAACAGUGCAAUGUAGCUAUUGAGGAUGGUGAGAGAAAGAGGUUGCAAAAAAUAAACUCUAGGCUAGGUGGCUCUUUUGUGACAUGCACUUUAGGCUUGCGAGAGGGUAAUGAUGAUAAAGAAACAUUCAGACAGAGACUACUCUACCCCAUUCUUGACAGAAUAAUGUGUGAAAUGGACAGAAGGUUUUCAAAGAACAGCUGCACAAUAAUGAAAGGUGUACAUGCCUUACAUCCUAAAUGUAGUCAAUUCCUUCAAGAUAACCUGGUACUUGACUUGGGUAAAAUGUAUGGAUGUGACUGUGAAGAUCUUAGCCAUGAACUUCACCAGGCUAGGAACAUUUUGAAAAGAAAAAGUCAUAGUAAGGAUACACAGUUAUCAAGCAUUUUAGACUUGACUCUAUUUUUAGAGCCACACCAAGAAGUGUUCCAUGAGUUGUUCAGGCUGUGCAAAAUAGCUGUGGCUCUUCCAGUUAGUAGUGCUGCCUGUGAGCGUAGCUUUUCAGCUCUGAAGCUCAUCAAAAAUCACUUAAGGACAACAAUGGGAGACAGCAGGCUAAGUCAUUUGGGAGUGCUUAGUAUUGAGUCAAGAAGAGCCAAGACAUUGGACCUGGAUGAAUUCAUUAAAGUGUUUGCAAGGCAACACAAGAACAGACGGAUUAAUCUGUUGUGAAACCAUAUUUGAAACAUUUGAGGGUACAAGCACACAAUCUGAUUUGUGUUUAGGAAUUUUUUUUUUAACUGUAAAUGAUUUGAUGACUGUACUGAAACUUGAUGUUAAAGUAUGAUCGUCCUUGUAUAAUUUUUAUUUGUACCUAUUGUAUGGAGUUUAACUAAGGCCUUCAUCCAGGCUAAUUUAUCUGAUUUAUGUUGGCACUUUAUGAUAUUACAAUCUUUUGGACUGUUCCUUUAUGAACAGUUAACUAAAGAAUAAAUAGGUUUCACUUUACCCAGUGUGUUGUUUUAUAUGUGUUUGUAUUGGUUGAUUAUUUUAUGUCUUUGAACACAAGAAUGGUAAUUUGGGUGGCCUUAAAUUAAUACAGUUUAUUUAGUUUUAUUUAAACAAGAUCAAAACAUAAUAGGCAAUUUAAAAUAGAUACAGGU